AAUAAAUAAAUAAAUAAAUAAAUAAAUAAAUAAAUAAGUGGGGGUGGUCGUGGAUCCGAAGUCGCGGAUUCGACGAAACGCGCGCGACCGAGCGUUUACCGAUCGUCGUAAUAUGGCGUACAAGUUUCGCGAGGAGAUCGUGGGAAAGAGGUUCCUCUCGGUGAGUGGUUUCACCAAGCUGAAGGUGAAUAAGAUCAUUGAGUGGGGUUGGCGCGCGGGGGUGAUACGUGCAGCCAGUCACAGGGAUAACGACUGUCACGAUCUUCAGAUCCUUGUGGAGUACGACGACGUUGAGUGGCAAAGGCGAGAGUGGUUAUCCCCGCAUAGGGAUGCCGUGUUCUCCUUUUUUCUCGUUGAAAAAGGGCUCUAUUGGGGUGAACGUGCAGAUCCCAGACACGCGAGUCUCGUACCUAUCGAUCAUCACAAUAACGCUAACAAUAAUCAUCAUCAUAAUCAUCAUCAUCAUCAUCAUCAUCAUCGUAUCAACGGGAAACCGCUCAGAGGUUCAACCGCUACUGCCAACACAGUUGCUUGGCCCGCUCUUACUUUUUAUCCUCUCGUGGCACGCGCCGAACUUCCGGAAGACGCAAUGCCGAUAGAAUUCAUGCAAGAUCGAAGAUUGGACUUCGUCGAUUACGCCAAAUUGAAACCGUUCACCCAGGAAUGGGAGUUAACUAAGGGUAGCUUGCCCUGGGUCGGUGCGGUUCGAAGAUGGGCAGAGAUGCAGGAUGGUCAGAGAAUCCUGUUGACGACACCAAGCGUCCUUGUUGGUUUCCGUGUCGAAGUUUAUCGUGCAGAAGGUACGACACAAUGGUACACGGCUGUUAUAGUUGGAUACAACGAAUCUACCAAGGAUUUGACCGUAACCGACGACACAGUUCUUGAAGAUCACAAUGAAGAUCCAAGUUUGGUACAGAUGCGUUUAAUCGGUGACGGAGUCGUGGAGAGUAUCAUGAGGGGCGAGGUCGUCGGAAUGACACCAAGGAGGUCGAGGUCAUCGACUGCUCUGACGCACGCACUGGUCGUGCCCAGACCAGGAAGGAGAUCACGAGGACGUCCUGGUAACAACACGUCACAAUUGCAACCAACGCCCAGAGUGCAAAGCCCAAUUACUCAGCAUCUAGAGAAAGGUAAGAAAAUUAUUCAGAAUGAUUCACCGAGCAAACUUUCGAAGAACGAGACGGACAAACGGCAGACGUCUCAUAAGAGUACCUCGCGUAACAACAAUCGUAGAAGACGAAUCAGCGAAGGUGCGAGUCGCGAGAAAACAGACAAGGACAGCGAACCGGUUUUAUCGUCUAGCAGACAGCAAGAGGAUCGGGAGAACAAGGGCCCGUCUGCCGGUAGAUUCGGUGGUAAUCGAAUAUCGCGUUCAACGUUAGAGGAGUCUAACAGUGGUACCGGCGGUGGGGCUACCGCCACGAAAUUACGUAAACGUGCCGUUACACUACGUAAUUUGUUGGAGAGCGUGACGAAGAGAACUGUGCGAAGGAAAUUAAGACCUUGCGUACAGAAAACUAAAAGGGAUUCCGAAGAGCUCGAUCGCCGGCGGACCGUUUUAAGAUCCACCGAGAGUAGCAAAGAGGAGGAGGAAGAGGAGGAGGAGGAAGAGGAGGAGGAGGAGGAGGAACGUUUAGGAGGAGGUGUUGGUGGAAGUAAAUCGGAGGAAGAAGAGGACGAGGAGGACGAAGAGGAGGAGGAGGAGGAGCAAGAGGAGCACCAGCAACAACAGCAACAGCAGCAACAGCAACAGCAGCAACAGCAACAGCAACGACAGGAGGAAAGAGAAGGAGAGGAGGUGCAAGAGAGAGAAACCGAACGUACGGAAGAAGAAGGGAAGGAAGCUCGGGAGAAACGCGAACACAACGAUCCUCUUUCGAAGAGACUCAAGACAAGUCCGGUCGGUCGAAAGCUAAGAUCCGAUCGCAAGUCGAAGAACUCGGAGGAAUCCUCGUUGGAUCGCGAGUUGGACCUAGAGGAUACCAAGGAGGAAGGGAGAAGGGGGGAUCGGGACGGUGCGAAAAGGCGGCUCGACAAGUCCGAAGAGGACGAGGAGAGUCAGUCGAGGGAACGAGAUCAGGAACCGGAGCCCCCACCUCCUGAGAGACUCGAUCCUGGGGGUAAGCCUCCGCAAAAUCCCGACACGUUAGAUCGGGAGAAGAAGUUUCCGGCUGAGUCGGUUCUCGUGAAUGGCUCUCUCGUUGAUUCGGAACUCGAGAGGAAGAAGAAGGAGGAGGUCGUCGUCGAUGUCGUCGAGAGUGGGUCGUUAAAGUUGUCGCCGAGAUCGUCCAGGUCGACGUCUCCGCGACGAUCGAAGGCUGUGGCGAGUUUCGAGGAGGGGGCGGGGGAGGAGGAGGAGGACGGGGAGGACGAGGGGGGGGAGGAGGAGGAGGCCGAGGCCAAGGAGGAAUCCGAUAGGAAGGACGGCGAGGAAAGACGGAAAAACGAUCGCAAAAACGAGAGGAAAGAGGAGGAGGAGGAGGAGGGCAAGGGCGAGGAUCGUGGCGCGCACCGAUCCCCUCGAAGAACCGUGCCGAACAACGCCGAGCUAGGCACGGAAGAUAGCGUGGGUAGCGCGAGCGUCGGGUCGGUCGUCGAGCUGCUGGAGUCGAGUAGUCAGGACUCAGGCUCCGUGCUGGAGAGGCUGAGUCCACUUAGCAGCGGUGGCGGCGGCGUUGGGAGGCAGAACAAUUUGCUCCUGGAACAGCAAAGGGAGCAAGAACGUAGUCGGCACAACGAGAGCCCUGUCAUUCUAGCCGAAAAACUAAACAAGCCUCCACCGCCGGUCGCCGGCCAUCAUCAUCACCACCACCACCACCAGCAGCAGCAGCAGCAGCAGCAGCAGCAACAGUCGCAGCAACAGCAACAACAACCGCAACAACAUCACCACCAACAGCAGCAGCAACAGCAGGCUCAACAGCAACAUCAGCAACAACAGCAACACCACCAUCAUCAUCACCAUCAGCAACAACAGCAGCAUCAACAGCAACACCUCCAGCACCAGCAGGGACAACAGCAACAACAGGUAGCUCACCAACAGCAACAACAAUCCUAUCAUCAUCAUCCGGCGUACCAUCAUCAGCAACGAUACUCGGCCGAUAGUCCGGUAAUCCAUCAUCAUCUCCAUCACCAACAUCAACAACAACAACAACAGCAACAAUCGGGAGCGAGCCAACAUCGGCAACAGUUAGCCAGCAGCCCGCAACAGCUUCACCAGCAUCAUCAUCAUUUGAGCUCGGUGAGCUUACUCGAGGUGCAACAACAGUCUCACGGAACGAGAGGCGGCGAUGAGUCCGGCCUCAUGGAGGUGGAGACCGGGGCCGGUAUACAUGGAACUGGCGUCCUCGGUGGUGCGAUCGGCGUUAGGGGUGCAGUCGGUGUCGUCGGUGGUAGUGGUGGUGUUGCUGCUGUUGGUGGUGGUGGUGGUGGUGGUGGUGCGGGGACAAGUGGUGCUGCCGGUGCAGCAUAUGGGGACAGCGGCUCCGACAGCGGGGUAAGUUCCCUGAGGAGCGCUGGCUCGGGCGACGAGAGAAGCGGGAGCAGGAGUUCGGCGCUUAGCGUCGAAGAGACGACGAGCUCUUCGACGCCUAACGCGGCGGCGACCCCGGCCAGAGUCUGGCACGUUCAGAGCGUACAACACACUUCUCUACUGAUGGCCCAUCCUCAGGCUCCACCAAACGCCGGUACCAGCGGUUCGGCAGCCGCGGCAGCGGCGGCGGCCGCUGCUGCCGCUGCUACGGCGCCACCGGUCGCUUAUCAAAAUCCGACGCCACCUGGACACCAUCAUCCCGCCGUCGCUACGGAAAUGCUGUGGAGACCACCGAGAUAUCCUCCGUUGUCCCACGCACUUCUUGGACCCGCUCAACCAACUCCCGAGGAACUUCUCGAGAGGGAUCGUCACGAGAGGAUGCUUCGGGAACGUCGCGAAGCGGAAGUUCGUGAGUUGGAGAAACGCGAACGCGAGGCGAAGAUGGAACGAGAGAGGCUGGAGAAGCAAAGGGCCGCCGAACAAGCGGUUCACAAACAUUUCGAGGAGUCCCUUAGGUUGGCACAGCAAAAGGUGUCUUAUAUUCCGCAGAGAAACUUGCAGUCGGCCUCGAUGGCGUGGAACACUUUUAUACCUCUCCCACCGCACGGAAGUAGAAGCCACGGCGGUCCGCAUUCGGGAAUGACCGCUCACGCUGGUCACCAUCAUCCUGGUGGUCCCGGUGCGACUGCGGCGCAUCCGGUAACGGUGGCGCAACAGCAACAACGUGAACGCGAGGAACGCGAAGCGAGGGAACGAGAACGGGAUGCGAGGGAGAGGGAACGGGAAAGGGAACACCUGGUAGUCGCCGAGAGAUUGCAUAGGCAAGCCGAGGCUAGAGAUCACGUGGCUGCUCAACAAAGGGCGGCUUAUUACGCUGCCACAGCACCACCGGCUCAACAGGUGUCCCGACCAUCGAGCGUACCUGGAAAAGUCGAGUACCCACCACCACCGGCACAUUCUAGGACGUCGAAGUCGUCGUUGCCGGUCGGUAGUCUUCACGAAAAAGCACCGUCAGUGGUGGGUCCGUCGCACAGUUCGCUUCCAAAGGCUGAGCCUAACGUAAGUCUCUUCAGUUACUCCACGUACCAGCCGCAGCCGUCGUAUAUGCAUGAUAUCAAGGUAAAGAGCGAGCAGCUCGGACAAUCGGCGCACAAAACGUUACCGAGCAAAAGUGGCUUGGCCGGAGGACUCGAAAGGGAUCACCACGGUAGGGAGGUACUGCAAAACCCACCUUCCUUGCUAUCCGAUCACAAGAGUUCCGUUAUCGUGAAGAACGAGGGCAGAGAGUUACCGAAGGGUCCACCACCGCAACAGCACUCGCCGAGUCCGAAAAUGAUGCCGUACAUGAACGUUCAGCCGGUAACGCCGCAGCACAAGCAGGCUACUUACGAGUACAGGAGUCCAACGCAAAGUCCUCAUCACCUUCAUCACCUCGACGGUUUACAAGGGGCAAAGAGCAUACCGCAAAGCCACCACAGAAGCGGGAGUAGCGGCGGAGGUUCUACGACGACCUCGCAGCUACCACCGAGCUCUCACGGUCAUCCACCGCCGCAUUCGCACAACCGACAGUCACCUCACGCUCAACAUCCUCAUCAACCGCCGCAUCCAUCCCCGCCAGAGCCGCGUUAUCUGAGCAGGUCCGAGCCUGGUCUACCGUACGCCACGUCGAAAUCAUCCUAUCCUUAUCCGCAUCCGCACCCACCGACGGCUUCGCCGACUUCGCAUUACGCCGCUCCCCCGGCUGUUUCGAAACCAAAAGUCAGCAGUCCGGCGCCACCGCAUAUAUACGGCAAGCCGAACUCCGGUAUAAUGACCGGUACGCCGGUUUGCAGGGCUUCGGAGCCCGCAGUCGCGGCACCGAUACCUUUAACGUCGAAGGCCGGUAGCUCGCCUUACCAGCAAGUGCCUCAUCACCAUGGAGCGCCGCCACCUCCUUUACCACCGCCGGCUCACAGUAGCAGAUCCGUCUACGACAACAGAGGUUUCGCUGGUUCGAUGCCGGCCGCGAAACUUCCACCUCCACCUCUUCACGGAUCACCACCUACGGCUGCUUCGGCACCGCUUUCGAGGCCAAUAGUUCAUCCCGCUCACCACGGUAGCAGUCCCCAUCAACAGCCCGGUCAAACGUUGCAACACGCUCAACCACAGAUCGCUGCUUCGAACUUCCAAACUCAACCACUCGAUCUUGGAGUGGAAAGAUCCGGUUCGCCCAAGAGAAAAGCCCCGACCCCGCUUUCCUGCGACAACGUCAGUGGUCAGCCGGUUUCCUUGGAGGUCUGUAAGAAACGACGAACGGAAGAGCCACAACCGUUGUCCCUUCAAUGCGUCGGCCCACCCGUUUUGUCUAGGGUGAGCGAACCUAGUCCUCUCAUCGCUUCGGCCGCAACUUCUAUCACGACCGUCGUUAAUACCGCGGCGUUGUUGUCUCAACCGAGCGACACCCAGUCUUCUCAAGAACGUACCGUUGCGGCUGAAAGUCCAGCUCCGAGAACAGCCAGCGGUGAUGGCUCGGUUCGGCCGGCCAGUACCGGCAGCGUUAGCUCCUUUAAUCCUACCAACGUCAGCGCGGCACCGAGUCCAGCACCUAUACCAAGUCCGGCGCCAUCAAUGGCACCCAGUCCAGCGCCGAGCGCUCCGGGUACACCUGCCAAAACUAAUCCUACCACGGUCGACAGCGAGAAGUCGGAAAGUCCGGCACCCAGACCACCCAGCAGUACCAGCUAUCCCGUUCACAAGCUGAAAAAGGCUUGGCUUCAAAGGCAUUCGGGCGAAGACGGCACGGAGGACACCACAGGCAUGGUUGGAAGUGGUUCCUGCGUUACGUUACCUCUCAAUAUUUCUCAAGCACCGUCGCAGCCGCUCAAUAACAAAGAACGCGAGCCAAGCUCGAACUCUAGUAGUACGACAACGACGACUUGUUUGCCGAGCGCCGUUAAUUCCAUUUACAAUAUCGGUAGUAUGGCGGUGAACAGCAUCAACAAGAGCAAAGUCACUGCGAAAGGAAGUCGUAAGACAACGAACAAGGAACCUCUUAACGGUCACGCCACGGAUACGAAGAAUCUUCAAGAAGACUCGUCCAGCAGCGACCCUGAACGAAAGUCGCCGCCGAAAAGAAAACCACCCAAGGUAAAACGAAAGAAGGGGGCUGCACGGAGGCAACAAACUGCCGCGGAAGAUCAGCGGAGACACAAGGAAGAAAAACAAAGCGUAGGGGCUGGAGCAGGAAGUGAGUCUAGCAACGAAAGCGAAGCUGGAUCAGCUAGUGACACCAGUGAACAAUUGGGCUCUGUUCAACCUACUUCCAGAGUGCGACAUACCACGGCCAAUUCCAACAAUUCCUCGGGAAACGGAAAUAACAAAGACCUCAGGAAAAGAGGCAGAAAACCAAAGACUACUAAAGGUAAUGAUGCAGGAGGAGAAGAUCAGCAACCUCGUCAAAAAAAAGAACGUAGAGAUGAAAGCACAAGUGGGGGUAACAAUGGACCCGGAGGAAGUGGUGGAAGAGGAGAUCCCUUUCGAAGACCAGCUGUGUCACAAUUGAAGAAGACAGGUGAAAGCUGGUUGCAAGACGAUGUUUGUUUCUACGCUGCUCCAAAAUUAGCGAAGUGUCGUGAAUGCCGGCAUGCUCUAACUAACGGCCUUAAAAAUCUUCCUCAAAAUGUCUUCUGUAGAUUCUACGCAUUUCGCAGAUUACGAUAUACAAAAAAUGGGCAAUUGGCUAUAGCGGGAUUUAGUGAUCCGCAUAAAGAUACUUCCGAGGAAGAUCUACGCCUAUGGUUGCCGGGAAAAGAUAUUCAGGACUUGGGCAAUAAAGAUGAAAAAUCUGAAAAGAACAAUGAAAAAGAUAAAAUGGAAAAAGUGAUCAAGGGAGAUCUAGAUUUAGAGACAGCACAUAGACUUCUUCGACAAGUUGGAGAUCAAUUUUGUGAUCUUUUGCACCAAGAGAAGGAUGCACUUCAAGAACACAUGGCAGAAGUGAGUUCGGGAAUUACAGACGGAACGGUAGCAUGGAAACGAGUCCUGCCAGGUGUACGAGAGUUGUGUGAUGUAUGCGAAACGACACUUUUCAAUUACCAUUGGGCUUGUAGAAAAUGUGGUUUUGUCGUAUGCAUCGAUUGUUACAAGGGACGUAAAAAUGGAACGAUUAAGAUCUGGGGUGAAAGUGGCAAAGACAGAGAUGACUUUUCAUGGUUAUUAUGUACAAACAGACAAGCUCACGAGCCCGAACGACUUAUGCUCACACAAAUUAUAGCCGGUGAUAGUCUCUUGCGACUUGGGCAACGUCUUCAUGAUUGUCGAUCGGAAUGGGGAAUUCCUCAGCAUUGUGGUUGUUCGUUCGUUUCGCCAGGUCAGCCAAACGAGAGUUUAAGAAAUUUAAUAAAGGGCGAGACAGUUCCCAUUCUUAAUGGAGGUAUCAAGCAAGAAUCGAAAGAGGAGAAAAAGAUAAAUGAGUCUAACGGAGCAUCGGAGAACAAAGUGAACGGCGAGGAUAAGAAUUCUCCAUUGAAUUGGCUAGCUGACGUGGCGUUGCAGAAUCAGGAUAAAAACGAAAGUGGAUCGAGUUCUGAUUCCGAUGAAGAUCGCGAGGGCAAUUAUUCAACCUUGAGAGAGUUAUUAAUUAGACCAUCACACAAAUCGAAUGGUAAUGGGUCUAGAUCAAGUUCACCAACAAAUAACGCUGGCAAUACCAAUCCUGCUUCUGGUACUAACGCUCCAAACAAUGUCACCAAAUCUGGUAAAAAGUCGAAAAUGGAUACGCUCGAUGAAGUAAUAACUAGCGUGAUAGAACACACCGUAACGAAAGAAAGAGAAAGUGGAUUGGACGACGACGAGAAACCAAGAGAAUUGAAACAUUUUGUACGAAGAUACAAAUGGACUCAGAGAGGCCGAGAACCGUUACCCAUCAGAAUAAUGACGUUGACGGAGAGCAAGAGUAUUUAUCCAGACGUAUCACAUUCAUGGCUGUGCGAUGGUAAAUUGCUCAGGUUAAACGAUCCAAACAAUCCAAACAAUUAUAGAAUUUUCCAAGAUCAAUGGAAGCGUGGACAGCCAGUGAUCGUCUCGGAUGUGGCUAAAUUUCUGGACAUGGAUCUUUGGCAUCCGGAUUCCUUUGCGAGAGAUUUCGGAGACAAAAAAAAUGAUCUUAUAAAUUGCAUGACUGGAAACUUGGUGCCGAAUCAACCGAUGCGUAAAUUCUGGGAAGGAUUCGAACACUUUUCGAAACGACUGAAAGACGAGAGGGGAAAUCCUAUGCUUUUGAAAUUGAAAGACUGGCCACCCGGCGAUGAUUUUGCAGAAUUGUUGUCAACACGUUUCGUAGAUUUAAUGAAAGCUUUGCCAUUGUCGGAGUAUACGCACCGACACGGUAGAUUGAAUUUAGCGAGCCAUUUACCCGAUUGUUUCGUAAGACCAGAUUUAGGUCCUAAAAUGUAUAACGCGUAUGGUUCGGCGCUUCAUCCGAGCAAAGGUACCACAAACCUUCACUUGGACAUCUCCGAUGCGGUCAAUGUCAUGGUAUAUGUCGGCAUACCUAAAGAUACUGAUAACGACGAACAUGUCAAAGAGGCAUUAAGAGCUAUAGACGAAGCAGGCUGUGAUAUUCUGACGCGUCGUCGUGUUCGCGAACGCGGCGAGGCACCAGGAGCAUUGUGGCAUAUUUAUGCAGCUCGCGAUGCAGAUAAAAUUCGUGACUUAUUAAAUGCCGUUGCAUUAGAACGUGGCGCACGUUUAGAGCCUCAUCACGAUCCGAUACACGAUCAGAGCUAUUACUUGGACGGGCCUCUGCGAGAACGAUUAUAUCGCGAAUAUGGUGUCGAGGGAUACUCUAUCGUGCAAUGCCUUGGAGACGCAGUUUUCGUCCCAGCAGGUGCACCGCAUCAGGUCCGAAAUCUUCACAACUGUAUCAAAGUCGCCGAGGACUUUGUAUCUCCGGAAAACGUUUCACAUUGUUUCCAUCUAACGCAAGAAUUCCGCGAAUUAUCGGAUUCCCAUACAAAUCACGAGGAUAAAUUACAAAUUAAAAACAUUAUCUAUCAUGCCGUUAAAGAUUCUUUGACCGUAUUAGCAAAUGCCAAGGAAGAGACCCUUUCCAAAAUGAAAACCGGUAACGAGACGAAAAUUAAAGAAGAAACGUAGCCAUAGGCCCCUCACUGUGAUCGUAAGAUCCAAGAAUCAUUGCAUUGAAUAUAAAAGGUCUAUUUGCUUCGAGUUUUAGAAGCUUUUAGAGAGAAUGAGAGAGAGAGAGAGAGAGAGAGAGAGAGAGAGAGAGAGAGAGAGAGAGAGAGAGAGAGAGUUUUUAAAAAUGUCAAGCACAUUU